CAAAACAUAGCCGGUCGACUCCUUCCAUAACAAACACAUUAAUUUAUUAUUUAUGGUGUGGUUUUUAAUCUGUAAAGUGUAACGUGAAGUCAAUGAAUUACUAUGGCAUCUGCAGAGCCUCCAGGCGGCGUGGUCGCUGAACCAGCACCACCCGAGCCAGCCCCUGCUGCAGAAGAUCACCCGCCCUCUGAUGAUGAAAAGAGUUCAGAAUGGCAUGCAUCUCGCCCGCCAUCCCCUCCACAGAGGCCAGAUGACAUCUCCGAAGGCUCGGAGGCGACGGUUCGUCCUCUCAGGCCAGAACCUGCCAGUCGAUAUGCUAACCUCAACUAUUGGAAAGCAAGGCGCGUGACGUUCUAUCGAAAUGGGGAUCCAUUUCACCCCGGUGUGGAAUUCCGCUUCAAGCCCGGUAGAGAUCUGGUCUCAAUAGACGUCUUAUUAGAUAGAUUAUCUGAAAGAUUGGAGCUGCCGAGGGGUGCACGAUUCAUUUUCGGCAUGGAUGGUGACAGGAAGUACAGGCUUGAAGAGCUAGAGGAUGGCGCGUCCUACGUUGUCUCAUCUUAUAAGACAUUCAAAGCAGCAAGUUACGGAAAGAAGAACGGCAUGUGGUAUGGCGGUACGAGUACAGCCAACAGCGGCUGGUCUCGUGCUGGCACUCGCAAACAAUCCGUAGCAGAGUCUGAUGCCCCACCGCCAGGGGGUGGCAAGCCUUCCAGUGGACGGGUCAUCCGGAUCAUUAAUAAUAUGGACCACUCCAUACAGUGUCGAGUACUUUUGAAUCUGAGGACGACUCAACCCUUUGAAGAGGUACUCGAAGAUUUGGGACAAGUGUUAAAAAUGAGUGGGGCUAAAAGAAUGUACACGGUGAAUGGACAAGAGGUACGAAGUUUCUCGCAAUUACGAAACGAAUUUGCUGAGGUCGAGACGUUUUACUUAGGCACUCUUAUUGUGCCGCCAUCUUUGAGUCCAGGUGUGGCAGCUCUACCUAUAGAAUCACCCAUCAGGAGAUCACGUUCAAGAGCCAACGUAGCAGCACUGCCAAUUUCAGAAGAUACUCGUGGAAGACGAGCUCGCAGUAAGAGUAGACCACGAAUACUGUAUGCACCUGAAGGAGAAAUUAUACGCAAUACCGAUUACACUCUUUUGGAAGUUUUAAAGGAGGAGCCAAUUCGGGUAACGAUACGGGGGCUUCGACGAACAUUCUACCCGCCCAUUCACCACCCACCGAUUGACAAUUCACCCCCGGACAAGAAAUUACAACUCGAUUGGGUUUACGGAUACCGAGGAGCCGAUUCCAGAAAAAAUCUUUGGGUUCUACCCACUGGAGAACUGUUAUACUAUGUCGCAGCUAUUGCAGUAAUGUAUGACAGGGACGAAGAAUCCCAAAGGCAUUAUAUGGGACACACAGAAGAUAUUCAAUGUAUGGAAUUACACCCGUCCCGAGAGCUCGUAGCUAGCGGCCAGAAGGCAGGGCGCGGUCGUCGUGCACAAGCUCAUGUGCGAAUAUGGAGUACUGACACCUUGCAGACUUUACACGUCUUUGGGAUGGCGGAGUUUGAAGCUGGCGUGUCUGCGGUGGCUUUUUCUCAGCUGAAUGGAGGAAGCUACGUCAUGGCUGUAGACAGUGGUCGCGAGAGUAUUCUUUCCGUGUGGCAGUGGCAAUGGGGACAUCUUCUUGGGAAAGUUGCUACGCUGCAAGAAGAACUCACGGGGGCAGCUUUUCAUCCCCUGGAUGACAAUUUGCUAAUCACACACGGUAAAGGUCAUCUUGCGUUUUGGAAUCGACGUAAAGAUGGAUUCUUCGAACGGACGGACAUUAUCAAACCUCCUUCAAGAACUCACGUGACAGCUCUUCAAUUCGAACAAGAUGGCGAUGUUGUGACUGCCGAUAGUGAUGGUUUUAUCACAAUUUAUAGUGUCGAUAGUGAUGGGGCUUACUUCGUUCGAAUGGAGUUUGAGGCACAUAUAAAAGGCAUCAGCUCGUUAGUAAUGCUCUCUGAAGGUACUCUCAUUUCGGGAGGUGAAAGAGAUAGAAAGAUCGCAGCCUGGGACUCUCUGCAGAAUUACAAGAGGAUAACGGAAACAAAGCUUCCAGAUACAGCGGGUGGGGUUCGAAGUAUCUACCCACAGCGACCUGGCAGAAAUGAUGGCAACCUUUAUGUAGGGACAACUAGGAACAAUAUUAUGGAAGGGUCUUUACAACGGAGGUUUAAUCAAAUAGUCUUCGGGCAUCACAAGCAGCUAAUGGGUGUAGCAGUUCACCCUGAUGACGAAAUGUUCGCUACGGCGGGGAAUGACAAGAGCAUAGCACUGUGGAAAGGGCACAAACUUGUAUUUGCUACCCAGGUGGGUUACGAAUGCGUUUCCUUAACCUGGCACUCGGGAGGCGGAGCUCUCGCAGCUGGAAGCACUGAGGGUCACCUAAUUGUAUUGAAUGCGGAUGCAGGUGCACCAGUGUGUACUGUCAGAGUCUGUGGAUCCCCACUCAACUGUUUGCAGUAUAAUACAGCUGGCGAUGUAUUAGCAAUAGGCUCCCAAAACGGCAGUAUUUACUUGUUCCGCGUGUCCCGAGAUGGCUUUUCUUAUAAGAAGUGGAAUAAAAUUCGCGGAGCACAACCAUUAGUUCACCUCGACUGGAGUCUUGACGGGAACUACUUACAAACUGUUACAGCUGAUUAUGAUUUAGCUUUUUGGGACAUAAAAGCCUUAUCACCAGAAAAGAGUCCAAUGGCCAUGAAAGAUGUCAAGUGGUCGACUUAUAACUCAACUGUUGGCUUCCUAGUAUCAGGAAUGUGGAACAAUCGUUUCUACCCGAUGACGUCAUUAAUAACUGCUUCGAGCAGAUCCUCGGCUCACGAUCUUCUUAUAAGCGGGGACUCUGAUGGAUAUCUACGUUUGUUCAGAUACCCGUGUGCUAGUGCAAAGGCGGAGUACAAUGAAGUCAAAGUGUAUUCAGGGGCUGUCCUUUCCUCUCGCUUUAUGUUCAACGACCGUUGUUUAGUGUCCUCUGGUGGUAGCGAGGCUGCUUUGAUGUUAUGGGAGCUGGUGGAAGACUAGCGCCGACCUCGGGCACCUCCAGCCCUUAUAGUGGAACCUCCCACACCCUCGCCACAAGCAUUUCACGUUCUAGACUUUGACGGACUUGACUGAAGCAUUUUCAAAUUUCGAAUGGUGAUUCGAAUUGGAAUAUAGAAAACAUACUGUGUCUAAGAAUCGAAUUUUGAAACUUGAUUUUGAAAGCACUCAAGUUUGAAUGGCGAAUGGAUUUUGGAUUGAAGUUUUACAAAAUUGGCAUUGGCUGAAGAUGCGUAAUCGACAAAUGAUGCGUUAUAUAAUGUGAGAUAGUAAGAGACUUCGAAUCGGGAUUAUAGAAUAUGGAGGUGCCUAGACUAUUUAGAAUUGAAUUACAGUUGGUUCUGGAUAAGGAAUUUUGUUUGAAGUCUGUUAAUACUUACUCUAUUCAGGAUUUUUGUAAGUUUCUACAUAUUUCCUAUGCAGUCAAAUUCAACUACAGAUAACUGUUACUGAAAGUAAUAAAAGUAAUGAAUGUCCGCAUAAUUUUAUAUAUUUGUAGUGAAGCAAAAUAAAUAUGUGAAAGAAAUAUUGCAGAAUAAAAUUUAUAUUUUUAUUUACAUAGAUUAUCUAAUAAAUUAAAACAAACGGUUCAAUUUUAGGUUUAGCUUAGCACGGCUUUGAGUUAUUAUGAUAUAAGAGUUAAUAUAGAUAUAGGCACAGUAUUCACUGCCAUUCCUGUAUAAAUUAUUCACUAACGUAGACACAACACUAAAUUAUUGUAAAUUAUAACAAGAACAAUUGUUCUAUGGUCAUAAAUCAUUCCCGAUUGGGACUUGCACUAUAUUUAAGCAAGUUUAUUGAAUACUUGCAAAACCGACCAGUCAAUUGAGAAUAUAAAAUUAGAAACAGAAGACAAAAUAUUGCGUUUGAUUUAAAUUCACUCAACGCGUAAACAGG